GGGGGUCGUCUCCGAAGCCGGCGGCGGGCUGGCGCGGCGGGCGCUGGGGCGCGCCCCGGGGCGGUGAUGGGCAAAGAGGAGGAGAUUGCGCGGAUCGCCCGGAGGCUGGACAAGAUGGUGACCAAGAAGAGCGUGGAAGGAGCGAUGGACCUGCUUCGGGAGCUGAAGGCCAUGCCGGUCACACUGCACCUGCUGCAGUCCACCCGCAUCGGGAUGUCGGUCAAUGCGCUUCGGAAGCAGAGCUCGGAUGAAGAGGUCAUCGCACUGGCCAAGUCGCUCAUUAAGUCCUGGAAGAAGCUCCUGGAUGCUUCAGACGCCAAAGCUGGGGAGCGGAGGAGCACGUCCCUGGCCUCACUGCCAUCGAAGGACACCUCCGAGGGAAAGGCCCACAGGCCGUCCCUCUCCAGCCGCAAGAGGCCGGAGCUGCCCAGGACACCAUCGACCCCUCGGAUGACCACAUUUCCCCCAGUACCCAUCACCUGUGAUGCUGUGCGCAACAAGUGCCGAGAGAUGUUGGCUGCUGCCCUGCAGACAGACCGUGAGUUCCCACCAGCCACACCCAGGUCCGCCCAUUCCCUGAUCCUUGCUCUGGCUCUGGACACAAGCUCCAAAGGGUCCGUGAAGGACAGCCCUGCCCCUUCCCCAGCCCAGUGCUGCCCACUUGGGGCAGGUGGGGUCUUUGGGACACAGUGGUGUGUCCCUUCCUGCUGCCCCGGGGUGUUGGGUGGGUGGAGGGCCAGUGGGCGUGGUUGGUCAGGGCUGCCUCUUGCAGAUGACCACGUGGCCAUCGGCGCAGACUGUGAGCAUUUGUCGGCCCAAAUAGAGGAAUGCAUCUUCCGGGACGUGGGGAGCACAGACGUCAAGUACAAGAACCGCGUUCGGAGCCGCAUCUCCAACCUGAAGGAUGCCAAGAACCCGGGGCUACGACGGAGCGUGCUGUGUGGCACCAUUGCGCCCCAGCGCAUUGCCGAGAUGACCUCGGAGGAGAUGGCCAGCGAUGAGCUGAAGGAGAUCCGUAAGGCCAUGACCAGAGAGGCCAUCCGUGAGCACCAGAUGGCCCGAGCAAGUGGCACCCACACUGACCUCUUCACCUGUGGCAGGUGCAAGAGGAAGAGCUGCACCUACACCCAGCCCAACAGGGGUGCCCUGAAGAGUGGGGUGUGGUGAGUGGAUGCCAAGGUGCUCUGAGGGGGCGGUAUGGAUGUCAGGAGGUGUAGGGACUCCAGAAGGUGUCCAGGUGAGGGGAUGGGGGUUGGCAGAUGGAGUUUUUGGGAGGCCAUGGGAACCAAGCCACCCCAUUCCCCUGUGGCACCUGGGCCCACCCGCCCUGCUGGUCCCAUUGGUCUGUAAGCCAUGCAAGCUUCCAGAUGACACAGGACAAGAGCCAGGCACAGCCCCCUCAAUCCUGGGGUGCCCGCCUCAGCGGUUGGUGUUUCCUACCCCAUGAGAUGGUCUUCCUGCGGCCCUGGCCGGUCGGGUCUCCCUGAGAAACAGCCCCACGGCCUGGGCCCUUCUCACCACAGUCCC